CCACUACAGAGGUGGUUUAAAAAAAAAAAGAAUAAUCGACUCACUUGGUAAUUACGAAAUUUUCCCAAGAUGUUAAAAACAUAACCUAACAAAUAAAAAAAUAAAUAAACAACUGUGCAAUUGUGUCAAAACAUUCCAUUUAAUUUAUUAAAAAACUGCAACAUUAUUAUAAGGAAAUAAAAACGAGUAUUAUAAAUAUCUUUAAAAUGACAAUUUCAUUUUGGCUGUACCAAUAGAUAGUGUCAGUGUCACAUGUCAUCACAUGUCAUAAUAAAACAUAAGUUUCACAAUAAUUGUCAUAAUAAAAAAUAGUUAAUAUAUUAUUUAUUUAAUAUUUUAUUCAAGGUCUAAUAGAAAUCAUAAAUAGUAAAAGUAUCAUUGUCCUCAAUAUAUUGUCAUCAAUAAUAAUGCAUCAAUUAUUGACAAUAAUGAUAAAUCAAUUAAUAAAUUUUGGUGGUUUUGAAUGACAAUUUAAAUUAACUAAUUAGUUCAAGUGUAUUAUAAAAAUUGUCAAUAUGAUGCGACCAGAAAGAAUGUCAUCUAGAAAUAUAACUGGUAUUGGAACACUUGGUAGUAAUAAUUAUAUUAUCAGCGAAGAUUUAAUUGCUGGAACAAAACACAAUGGAAAAAUGUCAAGAGUCAGAAGAUUUUUUUGUUUACUUGUUACAUUUGAUUUACUUGUUACAUGUCUUUUAUGGCUAAUAUGUACUGUUACAGCAGGACAAAGUAUAACAACAGCAUUCGAAAAACAACUUAUUCAUUAUGACAUUAAAACAUCAUUGAUUGACAUAGUUAUUGUUGCUGCAAUUAGAUUUACGUUUUUGCUAUUAUUUUAUGGUUUGAUAUACAUGAAUCAUUGGAUAAUCGUUGCUAUAUCAACUGCUGGCACGAGUAUUUUUCUAAGUGUUAAAGUUUAUUUUUUUGAUUGGACAGAAAUAACUCAACCUGGUUUUUUGGUACUUUUGAUUUUCGUAUCAUUUGUCAUUGCCUGGGCUGAAACAUGGCAUUUCGAUUGUCGAGUUGUUUCACUAGAGACACUUGCUGAUUUAUGGAUUUCAAAUACAAGAGAUUCUGAAAGAUCUCCUUUGUUAAAUAAUUAUUUGAAUAUACCAGCUAGAAGUUAUGUUGCUGAGAGUGUAGGUACAUUUUUUACACCACAAGAUUCACCAAUACAAUCAGAUGAUGAAGAUAAUAAUUAUUAUCAAAGUGGAUCUGUUGUUAAUAACACAAAUAAACCAAAAGAGACACCUGAUACUUUUAUACCUACUAUGAAAUCUUAUUUGACACCAAAUAAAAUAAGUAAAUACAAAAGUAUGGCAUCAUCACUCGUUGAUUGUGCUCAUGAAUUACUUACAUCACCUGAUUGGAAAAUAAUAAAUACAACUUCUGAUGGAGAUAUUUUAUCAGUUUUAACACAAAGCUAUGGUCAAGUUUUUAAAAUAGAAGGUGUUGUUGAUGCAGUUGCUUCAGAACUUAUUGAUUAUUUGUAUGAUAAAAUUGAAGAACUUCCAAAAUGGAAUAAAGAUGUUAUUGAUGCUAAAAAAAUAUUAUUUAUUGAUGAUGAUACUGAUAUUGUUUAUCAAUCAACAAAACCAUAUGGUCGUGGUUUAAUUGAUUCAAGAGAUUUUGUAACAUUACGUUCACGUGGUAAACGUGAUAAAUUUUUUAUAACAAGUGGCUCAUCUCUACAUGGUGAUUUUCCAAAACGUGAUAAAUUUAUACGUGGUGAAAAUGGAAUAGUAUGUAUGGCUACUGAGCCAAUCGCAGUUGACUCAAUUAGUAGUGGAAUUAUAAAUCAAACAAAAUGUAAAUUUACAUGGAUUUUAAAUACAAAUUUAAAUGGCUGGUUACCACAAAGAGUUAUUGAUAAUGCCUUGACAAAUACACUUGUCAAUUUUAUGAUUAUGAUGAGACUGCAUAUCAAGGCAUUACCAUAACUUUUUUUUUUAUUUACAAUUUUAAUAUAGAUAAAUUUUUUACAAAUAUUAGUUGAAAAAAUUAAUGUAAUUUAAUCAUGUAAAUGAGUUUAUUCAAUAAUUAUUAUAAAUAAAAUUUAUGUAUACAUUUUGAGUUUAUAUUUUUUUAUUGUUGAAAAAUAAAAUAUUAAAACAUCCCGCUGAAAA